UGGGGGCAGGGUUGUGCAGGCAGUGAGAGGCAGAAUACCCCCAGAGCAGCUAGGUCCCCGGUCCCUACGGUCUGAGGCCACCACGUGGAGAACAGCAGUGAACAUUAGCGAGAGGACAUAAGGGCUAUCGUCCCUAAGUUCGGGCAGAGGCAGCAGAGAAGGAAGUCAGAGGUAGCCUGUCAUCCGCCUAUCUGGGACCUUACAAAGACCACCAUGAAAACAGUGGGAUGCCCUCCAGUACCUCACUCUGUGCUCUUCCUGCUGACGUUACUUCCAUCACUGCUCAGCACAGGGAACUUCCUGUACCAGUACCAUGAUUGGGAAAACUACCCUGGACUGGGCUUGGGCUCAAGAAAUUUCCGCCACCCCACAGCCCAGAGCCUAAAGUACAUGUGGCGUCGAAAGAAUUCGAAGCCGCAACCAUGCCAGGCCACCCCUGACAUCUACUUUGUCCUGGAAAAGUCUGAGCGCAUGUCACGAGCCUGGCCGCACGUUCACAAGUUUGUGGAGGAUAUGGUAAAGAGGCUGUCAAACCAGGAUCUGCGGGUGUCCAUCAUCACCUACUCCUGUAAGGGCAACGUCAUCCUACCCCUCACUGGAGACAGAGAAGAGAUCCUUAAGGGUGUUGAAAGAUUGAAGUAUAGCAUACCGGCAGGACACGAACACCUUUACCGAGGACUGCGGAAGGCACAUAGGCAGAUAAGAAAGGCAUACCCAGGAGGUGUCCAUCGUCCCAGCAUGAUCAUCUCCUUGCUCAACAGCCCUCUGGAUGAUGAUGCCUAUCAGUAUUCAGUGGAAGAGGCUGACGAAGCUCGGAGGAUGGGAGCAUCUGUUUACAGUGUGGGUGUGGGCAACUCUAAGAAAGAUCAGAUAGAAGGAAUUGCAGACAAACCAGAAAAUGCAUUUCCAAAUACGAAAGCCGAACAUCUGAAUGACCUCAUUUUCCCACUAGCUUCCAAGGCCUGUCCAUCCCUUACGUCUUUAGAUACACGGAUUAUAUGUAUCAGAGAAUCAAACCCGGUGGUAAUUCGUGGAUAUGGCUUUGACUUUGCCAUGCGUCAAGAAGAGGUUAUUUGCAGGUUCUAUUUCAGUGACAUUGAUAUGAGUUUCAAAGAUGUAAAAGCCUUCAAUCUAACCAAGACUACGGUUACUUGUCCUGGACCGAUCGUAGAGGAACCAGGGAAAGUGAUCCAUGUUCUACUCAGCCUGGACAAUGGAAAGAACUUCCUGAAUAAAAAUUUAUUCGUUGCCAGCAAGCUAUGUGGCAAAUCCUCCACUACAGCGGGAGCCACCACAACCACUAGGGAACUCACAACUAGAACAACAAGCACGACCACCACUACAACUACCACCAUGAUGAUCCCGCCUACCACGAACACCCGGCCGACAACCACCGUCCCUACCACCCGGCUGGUCACAAAGGAACUGAAGCCAAGCAUCGAUAGAUUCAUUUUUGCCCCUAUACUCCUGACCCUGCUGCUGACUGUGUUGCUGAUGGGCUGUUUCUGGCAGUUGUGUUGCCUUCCGCCUGUUGUGGAACUGCCCCCACCUAAGCCCCAACCACAGCCCAAAAAGAAGAAACAGCCCCCUCCUCCAGUGUCUCCUCCAGCACCACCUGUAAAUCCACCCCCCAUUGUGAUCAUCUGCUGCUGUACCUGUGGUAGCCUGUCCGUGAGCAGAGAUGUGGAGGGCAAUGUGACCGUGUGCAACUUCAACCCCCACAGCUGCCACCAGUUGCCACUGAUGUGGCCUCAGACUGAUGACCAGGGGCUGUGCACCAACUUUGCCCUCCUGAAGGCCCUCUGUGCUCAGGACCCCCGUGGCCCCAAGGCCAUCCUGCCACCCAGCCACGAGUGUCCGCCUCUAGUCUCCUGUUCUCAGUGCAGCCAGUUCCCAGGCAGCUGCUCCAGGCUUCCGUCCAGGUUGCAGUUGCUCACCCCCUCUUUCCAGAGUUCCACGGUCACUCCAGCCCACUGAGUGAGCUGCCACAGAGCCAAGGCUGAGAGGGCUUGGCUGCUGUGCCCUGUGUAUCAGGGUGAGGAUUUUAAUAAAAGAAAUAGUAGAUUGGAA